AUGUUGAAGGACGAGAACUAUCGGAUUCGCGAGGAGCAGCUGCGUCUGGAGAAGGAGCUCCGCGCGAAGCGCCAGUGGGCCCAGCCGCCUUCGGAGCGGCCCUCGCACUCCAAGUGGAGGUCCUCCGAGGCCUCGGACAUGGCGCGAGAGGUCGAGGAUUUCAGACUUCGGGGCCGCUCACGUCUUCCAUGA